ACGAAAUGAUCUGCCCUGGAGCCGCAGCAAAAUGCUGGAUGGACACCUACUCCUGGGAUGGUUAUCGUUCACAGUUAUAGUGCAUCUUCUCAGCUUGCCUCGACCGACCACAGCUUACUUCGGGUUGACUGGUAAUGAACCAUUAUCUGUUCUGCCACUGAAUUCAAUACCAGAAGAGACCAUGGGCAGGGCCCACUUCAAGCUCUGUGACCGUCUCAAGCUGGAAAAGAAGCAGCGGAGGAUGUGCAGACGAGACCCGGGCGUGGCAGAUACCUUGAGGGAGGCCAUAAUUAUGAGUGCCUUAGAAUGCCAACAUCAGUUUCGCUUUGAGAGGUGGAAUUGCACUUUAGAAGGGCGCCAUAGGGCCAACAUAUUAAAAAGAGGAUUCAAAGAAACCUCCUUUUUGUAUGCUAUCUCCUCGGCCGGCCUAACGCAUGCCCUAGCCAAAGCUUGCAGUGCAGGACGGAUGGAGCGUUGCACAUGUGACGAAGCCCCAGAUCUGGAGAACCGCAAGGCCUGGCAGUGGGGAGGCUGCGGCGACAACCUCAAAUAUGCCAACAAGUUUGUCAAGGAAUUUCUUGGCAAACGCUCCAACAAGGACCUGCGUGCACUGGUUGACACGCACAACACAAAUGUGGGGAUGAAGGUAAUCAAGGCGGGAGUGGAGACAACGUGUAAGUGUCAUGGUGUCUCUGGUUCCUGCACUGUCCAGACUUGCUGGAGGCAGCUCCUGCCCUUCCAUGAGAUUGGCAACCGACUGAAGCAGCGCUAUGAGACCUCUGUCAAGUUUGGCAGCCCCACCAAUGUUGCCACUGGAGAGGGAGACAUCUCCACUGGCCGAAACCAUCAGCAGCAGCAGCAGCAGCCAUCCCUACCUGGUCCGAGCGAUCAGAUUCCCCGCACUAUGGACCUGCUCCACAUUGAGGACUCGCCUAGCUUCUGUAAACCCAGCAAAUACUCAGCAGGCACUGCAGCACGUAAAUGCUACAAGGACCAGAACUGUGAUGCUAUCUGUUGCGGACGGGGCCACAACACACAAAGUAGGGAGGUGACCGGGCCCUGCCAAUGUCAGGUGCGCUGGUGCUGCUAUGUCGAAUGCAAGCAGUGCACGCAGAGAGAGGAAGUCUAUACCUGCAAGGGGUAAAGCAUCAACUGCCAGUUGUGCUGCAAUCAGUGGAGUGAGUCAAAGAUGGUUGGGCUGAAGUAGACUGGAUGGUUUGUUCUCCUCUGAGGUUGUGCUGCUAUUGUCGGAACAACGUUCUGCCGAAAAAACUGAGAAGCAAGCCAAAAACGCAAAAAGCACUUUGAUGGAUUAAUGUGUGUUGGAGUUUCAGGGGUCCUGCAGAAUAAAACUUUGCUAAGACGACUAACUGGGUUACUAUCUCAAGCUUUUUGAUCACAGUACUGCUGUGAGGAAAAAAAAGACUUUGUUGUUACCUGUUUGAGAAAUCCAUUAGCAACAUUUUCUAAAAGAAUAAUAACCCAGUUGUAAAACAAACCUGAGGAUGAUAACGCAACAGCCUUUGUCUAAUGGGCUUUGCCCAAAGAACAGAACAAUGUGUGCCUAUUGUGAUAUGUGUGCGUUUAUUUUGGUGGUCUGUAGUGAUUUUCGUGACAAUAUUUUUAUUCCAGUUAAAGUCACAUUCUGAGACGUUGUAAAGAAAAAGACAGGGUGUAAACAUUACUCACACAUAUUUACACUCACACUUAUCAUAUGUUUGCAUAAGUAUGUAAAAAACAAACAAAAAAACAAGUUAUAAUUUAGUGAUAUUAUACAAGCCACUUAUUGUAAAACAAACCACUAAAAACACAAACAUUUUGUUUGUGUACCUUUUCUCUCUUUGUUUUAAUCAAUCUGACAAGUGCCUUUGGAAAGCAACACAGUUGUGUUUAAUGGCCUUUUAUGGAUAAUUUAUAGAUCCUUUGGGACUACUCCUUUAGCAGGAGGAUUUGUUGUCUUUUUUUAGUAAUGUAAUAUAAUAACUGUACAUACAUUAAUAGAAAACAACUAAACCAUUCAGUUUAGGCUAUUCCUAGCCUUGAACAAACCAGUGUUCAGGGAAUAACUUAAACCACUAUAUCUACAAAGAUUAAACAAUAUGAAAAGUGUAUGCAAACAAUUUUAAGAGAUAAUUAAGUGGAUUUAAGCAAACAUUUUUGCAGCAGGUUAUCAUUUAAACAGCAGACAUGUGGCAUGUGACUCCCAUCAGACUUUAUGGAGUUCUGUGCAACUUCAUAUUUUUUUAUAGGUUUUUCUUUUUAUACUUUAUGUUGUAAAGAAGACUGUGGAGAACUGUAGGAAUGUAACUCCCUACCAUUUCCCUGUUUGCCUCUCCUCUGCAGCUGCCACAAUUUGAUUGAGCCAUAUUGCAGUGUGUGCAGUAGAAGUUUUAACAGUCUGGGGCAGCUGAGACUGAAUUUUAACCUGACGGUGUGCAAAUCUGCUCAAGUGAAUAAGGUUAUGUCUUGUAGCUACCAUUAAAAAAAAUUGAAAAUGCUUAUAUUUGCGUGAGAUUGCCCAAACUGAUGCUUAAAUGUAAUUUCACUACUGUUUUCUAUAGGAAGCCUGUAAAGUUGUAUUUGUAUAUGAGUUCAUUUACAUUUUUCUCAGACUUUAAACUGAGGUAAACACCUUUGGACUUAAUCGGACUCUAAAAUACAAAGUGUGCUAACAGUGACACUUGAACACAAAAGUUUAGAAUUUUAAUAAAUGUAAAAAAGAUGUAUUUUAAAACCUCUUCAAUCAGAGGUUAUGCCACUGCAAUACCAGAACACCCGUUACUAUAGGAGAUUAUUUUGGUGUUAUACAUCUUCAGUAAAACAGUACAAACAAUAACAUUUCACAUGUUCUGGUGUGAAUUAACUACUGAGUAAAGAACACAUUUUUGUAUUAUAGCACCAUUCACGCACUGAAGCCCAAAUGCCCUUUGAAGUAUUUUAGACCUAUAUUUAUGAUUACAAUCAAGUGCAGAAUUUUUUUUAUUUAACUUGUUUUUCAGAUAAUGUAAAUAGCAAUGGUUUCUUCGCCUGUGGUAUAAAGACAAAACUAAGGCACAUGUUCAGCUCGCAUAAAUAUCUCAAACAGACCUGUAGGGAAUAAAGUGUUAUUUUGGUUCUGGAGUUUAUUUGUUUUAAUGCUGCAAAAAACAAACCAACAAACAAAAGUAUAAUAAGUAGACUAUUGAGAUUAUAUUAAUUCAUUAUUCUAACUUUGGUAUUGAAUUCAUGCUUAAGGAUGGUGGACCUCAUUUGGCUUGAAAACUAAAUUCCGAAAUUUUUGAUAGGAGAUGGCACUCCAAAUAAAGACUGGUUAAAACGCAUACACAGAACUUUGCACGCUACAUGGUGACCAUAAUAGCUAUGCUGAGACUCUGUGCAUAAAUGCCUCCUCCCCACAGCUUCUGGUUGUUUUUUAUAUUUUUUUUCCACAUUUGCUUUGGCCCAAACACUGUGAGCCUCACUAGUCUCAAAUUAAACGGAUUUGCAGCGGAUAUGACAAAUACACCAAUUUCACAUAGAGUGCAUUCUUUAAUGUGUGUUAUUGUUUGUACAUAGUCCUACAAGUUUUCAAGAGAAAGAGGAGCAUGACGCAUAUUACACAGUUAUCUAUGUUCUCAAAAACAAAGCUCUGCACUGUUUAGUAUUCAGUGGUUCAUGUAUAAAAUUAUAUUUUAUGGAAAAGAUUAAGAUAUAAAUUAUUUUUUCAAAAUAUGAUGAGCAUGUGUUUAGUGUAAAUAUGAGUAUAUAAAAAUGUUAAAAUGAUUUUAUAUUCUUGGUUUUAUACUUUUUUUCUCAUGGGUGUUUGUGCCUUUUUGGGGUGGAGGAUUUAUAAAGCAACAUAUUUUAAAAUAUUGUAUCAUUACAUGUCAAAAUGGAUAUUUAAGCACUAAUAAAUCCUAAAAAAAAAAUUUGAAUCAACGCACCUAUAGCUAUUUAAGAUAAUCACAAUCAUCAAGAAUUCUUUAUUGAGCGAGAUCUUAUUUUUCAUGAAUACAUUUUUAGUUAAACAUCUUAAUUUGUUAUUGUAGCCAUCCAACCAUAUGUCUCCUACAGUGUUAACCAAUGACCACACCUGUAUGAACAAAUUUAUACACAAACUUCUUAGUGUUUGGUUAGGAUUUAUGCUGUGUUUAUCAGACACAUAAAACACACCAACUAUGUAUUUUAUUUUUGUAGAACUAUGAUACCAGCUGUGUUUUGUCCAUGUCCACCUAUUUUUGUCUUAUGGGAACUCUAAAUUAUUUUCCCUCUACCUCAUGUGUAUAGCUUGUAGGUAUAAACAGAUCGCAAAUGACUGGUAAGAAUGUAUUUAAGUUAUUUAACAUCUUUGUAUAACAAAGGCAGAACAAAAAAAUU